AUGCGGCCUGACCCACGGCUCCCCCGAGCUGACCGGCGCUCGGGCCGGAGAGGUGGCCACGGUGGAGCCCGCGGGGCGAGCUCGGCGGUGCGCUCGGGGGGCGGAGCCCGCGCGUCACCGGGACACAGGUCAGUCGCUGGCCCGCAGCCCCCCGGAGCUCCCGUGUCGGCGGCAUCACAUCUUUCUCUCCGCUCAGCGCCUCCGCCGGCUCCGGCCCCGGCCUCCCGGGGGCCGCAUGCUCCGCGCCGCGUGGCCCCGGCCCACAGGGUCCUCGCGGCCUCGCGGUCACGUCCAGGGCCGCCACGGCCACCCCCGGCCUCCGAGGGCCCAGGCGGCCCCUGCCCCGGGGGACCUGCGGCCCCGCCAGCCGACGGCGGGACAGCAGGACGGACACCCGCGCCGCGGUGCCACGUGGGGCGGCUGGAGCUGCGCCCGCGCGUGGCCCCGAGGCCGUGGGAGCGCCGGCGGCUGGCCAGGCCCGCAGCCCCUGCACGGGGUCGCCCUCGGCCUCGCAGCGCCUGCCAUGGCGGCGCCAUUGCUGUGGGGACGUCCCGGGAGCGACAGCGGGCAACGGCCAGCGCCUCCGCGGCCUUCAGACCCACGGCGAGACUAGAGACCCACCGCGAGACUAGAGACCCACCGGGGGCUAGGGACCCACCGCGAGACUCAGCAGCCACCGCGAGACUAGACACCCACGGCGAGACUAGAGACCCACUGGGGGCUAGGGACCCACCGCGAGACUCAGCAGCCACCGCGAGACUAGACACCCACGGCGAGACUAGAGACCCACUGGGGGCUAGGGACCCACCGCGAGACUCAGCAGCCACCGCGAGACUAGACACCCACGGCGAGACUAGAGACCCACUGGGGGCUAGGGACCCACCGCGAGACUCAGCAGCCACCGCGAGACUAGACACCCACGGCGAGACUAGAGACCCACUGGGGGCUAGGGACCCACCGCGAGACUCAGCAGCCACCGCGAGACUAGACACCCACGGCGAGAUUAGAGACCCACUGGGGGCUAGGGACCCACCGCGAGACUCAGCAGCCACCGCGAGACUAGACACCCACGGCGAGAUUAGAGACCCACUGGGGGCUAGGGACCCACCGCGAGGCUGGGGACCCACAGCGAGAUUACAGACCCACGAGGAGGCUAAGGACCCACUGCGAGACUCAGCAGCCCCUGCGAGACUAGAGACCCAUGGGGAGGCUAAGGACCCACUGCGAGACUCAGCAGCCACUGCAAGACUCAGGACCUACAAGGAGACUAGAGACCCACGGCAAGAUUAGGGACCCACGGGGAGGCUAGGGACCACGGCAAGACUCAGCAGCCACCGCGAGACUCAAGAGCCACCGCGAGACUCAGCAGCCACCAGGAGAAUAGAGACCCGCCGUGAGAUUAGAGACUCACCGCGAGGCUGGCGACCCAUGGAAGCUAUUUAUGAGGCUGUGCUUUGCUUUUAAUACAUUCAGGGUGUAUUGAAGACUUCCUCGCUGCUUUGUCGCGGAGCAUUAGUAGAAAUGAUCCAGAGUCCCUCUCAGUCUAACCAACGUGGCAACGCUAUGCCAACAAAGACUUGCUCAGAGCAACGGAGAAUUCUGGCUCUGAGUCAUAGAUGGAGGUACAAGGCCUUAUUUAACUAAAAGUUGCAGGAAGAACAAAUCUGCUCAGUGGGAGAGUAUCUAGUACUGCGAUGUUCCCAGUAGACCCUAAAAGUACUGUAACUGUUACUAUGAGUGACUUUUAAUCCAAAGCUACUUAGAUUCGUUAUAAAGCUAAAUCUGUGUCAUUGAGCUCUUCUAGCAGUUCAUGAUCACCGUGCGUCAUCAGAAAAACAAAAACACGAUGAUACAUCCUUUUUCAUGGUUGCAGUGGCAACCAACUUGAUACUUGAGCAAUAGUGCUUAACUUUGACUUGACAUCAAAAUCCCAACGUAGGGAACAGCAACGACAACAAAAUAAUGCUUGGGUUCCCCCUCAAGAUAAGUAAUUUGAAUUUAUGGGACUAGAGUCUGGGAAGCAAUAUAUUUUUAAAUGCACUUGUUGAUUCUAAUAUUUAGUCAGUUAAGAACAGAUAAACUGUUCUUAAAUUGGACUUAGAUGGAUUUAGGACUGGUGGUUCUAUAUUGGUUGUAGUAUAAAAUCAUCUGGGGAAUUUUUUUUUUUUUUUGAAAACUCUCAUGUCUCUGCUGCAUUUCAAACAAAUCAGAAAUUCUGGGUGAUGGAUACAGGUAUCAUUAAUUUGAAAAGCUUCCGAAAUCAUUUCAAAAUACAAUCAGGCUGUAAACAACUAACUCAGUGUUGUCCUGCUACUUUUCAUAUGUCUCUUACAUUAUAUCUCAGGAAAAUAUUUUAAAUGUUAUUUGCCACUUGAACUAAUUGUAUCAUUUUAAUUUCUAAGGAUACAUAUUAGAGUAGACCAUCAUGGUAUGAUGUUAACUUGAUCUUAAGAUUUGUUGAAGGAAUGUUGGAUUUGGAAAAGUCCUGAAGGUCAUCUUGGAUUCGUUACUCCCCAUGCUCCUUGUAAAUUAAUGUUUGUUUAUCUUUUUUAGACAAAUAAAGGAAGAGAAUGUAAAAACAUUUGAUUAGAGCUGAUGGUAAAUAUGGGAAUUAGAGAAAAAAAGUAUUCACAGCAUCAUAAUAGCACAUUGCUAGGGGGUAACAAGAAAGCAGUUAAUGUAAACAAAGGUAACUCACCAUUAUUUUGGCUGAGGAGAGCUCUAAUAAAUCCAAAUAAUUCAUAAACAACAUAGCAUAAAAAUGAUCUAUGAGACAGUGUUCACAUGAAAAAAGCAUGGGAGAUUUAGAAACUACUUAACAUUUCAAGUUCCCCAAUUUUUCCAUUCAUUUAAAGUAUUGCACAACUAUUUCCCAAAGUAUUAAAUGGAAAGUUAUUAACACUAGUAUAGGUCAAUUUUUGUUAAGAAUGUAGUCUUGGAGAUUUAUUGCGGUAGAUAGUGAAUUUUCCCUUGUCAUUCAAUGGGACUGCAGAUUUUUCAUACUAUGUAGAAAAUAAUAUUUUAUAAAUUAUCUGUGAAACGUUUUUAAGUGUUCUGAGAUUUUUUGAGGGAAGUCUGGAAAGUUAUAUAUAAAUUAUUAAUAUUUCUUUAAGCAUUGAAAUCCUUUAAAAUAUGUUUUAAAAUAUACAAUUGAAAAUAACCAUACAAAUAUAAAGUAUACAUAAUUUGAUUAUGUAAAAACACCCAAAGUGUCUGUGAAUUCAGUCAAGUAAAUCAAAGAAAUGAUACCAUGUUCUGUUUUCUCCAUUUAGAAGAGGCUACUCUUGACAAAAAGCCUGUCAAAAAAAUUUAAGCCAACAUAUUAAAAAUUUAGUUGUCUUGGAAAAAGCCCAUCACUCAUUUUACAGGUCAUUUUGUAAGUUUUCUCCAAAAUAGAAAUUAUUAAUCUUGGCUUAUUCACACAAAGUAGGGAUUGGCAAACUCAAGUGCCUGAAUUAGGAGGUACCUGGGUUAGGAAGUAUCGUAAAUAGUAUAUGAGCGCUGGAAGUAAACUAAGAGGGUUGGAGUGGUAUAUGACAAACUGGAGAAUAUAAGCUCACUAAAGACAUUGAAAAUUGAAAAAAUUUAAAAAAAAAGAAAGAAAAUUGAAAAAAUUGUGAACAUUUUAUUUGGUUGGACAAAAAACCCCACAGAAACCGAAAAACCUGUCUUCAAGCUGCUGGUUUUGACCUCUGACUUAAGGUCUGUUAAAAAAUAAAUAAAAUGUAUUGUUUCUCUUUGUUUAAAUUUUCCAUUACAACUUUUUUCUCAUAGUACGGAAAAGUAUUUGUUGUAGUGCAUGCUUCAAAUGAAAAUGAAACCUAGCAGGAUCACUCAUACAGAUAGCUCUGGAGGGAAAAUGUGAGCAGCAGGAACUGCUAAGUACACUUUCUACUGGACUGCGGUAGAGAAAAUAAAACAUACAUGCAGGUUACUUAGGUGGUCUACACUGAUUUGUGAAAAUAACAUUUUUGCAAUGUGAGAGUGAAUUAUUAUUUAGAGGUUAGAAACAUUGGCUUUUCACUUACACCUUCCCUGAACUGUUGAAUUUUGUUAAAAUGGAAUUAUAUAAAAGAAAGGCACACAUGCUGACUUCAUCUUUUUUCUUCCAUUGUUUGAAUUUGUUUAGUUUAGUAGGCUGACUAUGGAGCAAGGGAGGAAGAUUCUUGGUGCUCUACUUUCUUGAAUUAUUGCUUUGAAAAUUAUGACAGAUAUUUUUAUUGCCUAUCAUAAUUUUCCCAUAGUUUAGAGGGUUCUUAUUUAGGGGAGGUGGGGACAGGCAGUAACAUAUUCAGGAAAGUAAAGAGGAAGUGCUUCUCAGAUGAAUAAGUUCUGGGACUGUAUCAGACAGCACAGUGUUUCCUAUUGAAAGUUGCUGAGAGAGUAGAUUUUAAAAGUUCACAGCACACAGAAAAAUAUAACUAGGUGCAGUGAAAGAUAUGUUAACUAAUCUUAUUGUGCUAAUAACUUCACAUUAUAUACACUUUAUUAAAUUAUUACAUAGUAUGCCUUAAACUUACAAAUUUUAU